UUCCAAGACGCCGGCCAUCAACCUUCUCCACGCAAGUGUCCACUACGCCGGCAUAAACAAUCACGCGCCACUGCUCGCUUUCUGAAAUCAGAUAGGCGCACACCCACCUUAUCACAAUUUGGUCUAGCGCACCUCCAAGAACAGCGCGCGUCAAGGACCACCUGCCAGCGGCCGUCGAUCGCCGGAGCACGCCCGGGGCCGGCGAACGGACGAACACGACGAUGAGCUCCCAGUCCCAGACGAGGCAGCCGCACGCGGUGCUCAUCCCGCAGCCGGUGCAGGGCCACAUCACGCCCAUGCUGCACCUCGCCAAGGCGCUGCACGCCAGGGGGUUUCGCGUGACCUACGUCAACUCCGAGUACAACCGCCGCCGCCUGCUCCGCUCCCGCGGGCCGGGCGCGCUGGCUGGUGCCCCGGGCUUCCGUUUCGAGGCCGUGCCGGACGGCCUGCCGGAGUCCGGCAACGACGACGUCACGCAGGACAUCGCCGCGCUCUGCGUGUCCACUACCAAGCAUAGCGCCGAGCCGUUCAGGGAGCUGCUGGUGAGGCUGAACAGCACGCCCGGGUCGCCGCCGGUGAGCUGCGUCAUAGCCGAUGGCGUGAUGAGCUUCGCGCAGAGAGUCGCCGAGGAGAUGGGCAUCCUCGCCGUGGUGUUCUGGACUACGAGCGCUUGCGGCUUCAUGGGUUACCUCCACUUCGCCGAGCUCAUCAGACGAGGCUAUGUACCACUUAAAGAUCAGUGUGACCUGACGAACGGAUACCUGGACACUUCGAUCGACUGGAUCCCAGGAAUGCAAGGCAUCCGUCUCAGGGACGUGCCAAGCUUCAUCAGAACGACCGACCCGGACGACGUCAUGCUCAACUUCGACGGCGGUGAGGCGCAAAACGCGCGCAAGGCCCGCGGUCUCAUCCUCAACACGUACGACGCGCUCGAGCAGGACGUCGUCGACGCGCUGCGCAGCGAGUUCCCGCGGGUGUACACCGUCGGCCCGCUCCCGGCGUUCGCCAAGGCCGUGGCCGGCGAGGUGGGCGCGAUCGGCGGGAACCUCUGGAAGGAGGACACGAGGUGCCUCCGGUGGCUGGACGCACAGCAGCCAGGCUCCGUCGUGUACGUCAACUUCGGCAGCAUCACCGUCAUGUCGCCGGCUCACCUCGCUGAGUUCGCCUGGGGCCUAGCGAGCUGCGGCCGGCCGUUCCUGUGGGUCAUCAGGCCUGACCUCGUGUCAGCCGGCGAGAAGGCCAUGCUGCCGGAUGAGUUCGCCGGGGAGACCAAAGAGACGGGUGUUCUGGCGAGCUGGUGCCCGCAAGAGCUCGUCCUGUCCCACCCGUCGGUCGGCCUGUUCCUGACGCACUGCGGGUGGAACUCGACGCUGGAGAGCAUAUGCGCCGGCGUCCCGAUGAUCUGCUGGCCGUUCUUCGCCGAGCAGCCGACGAACUGCCAUUACGUGUGUGACAAGUGGGGGAUCGGUAUGGAGAUCGACGGCAACGUGAGCAGAACGGAGGUGGCGCGGCUCGUGCGCGAGGCGAUGGAGGGCGAGAGAGGCAAGGUCAUGCGAGUGAACGCCAUGAUGUGGAAGGAGAAAGCCAAGGAGGCGACGGAGGAAAGAGGGUCUUCCAGCAAAAACCUGGAACGUUUGAUCGAAUUCUUGCUUUCUGGAAGUGAUGCUGCAAGGUGACUUUCCGUCCUGUUCAUCUCACAGAAAUCGAAUUAGGAACGUCGGGAGGAUACAGAUAUGAGUCCGGAGACGUUUUACGGCCUCAUGAAUUCAGCUUCGCUUACAAAUAACCACACCAAUCUUUAUGUUUCUGUUCGUCGAAAUUUAAAUUUUUAACAUUAAAUUUAGAGUUGAUUUAAAGUUUUUUUAUUAUAGUCUAUUCUUCAAUCUUAG